AUGACUUGGAGCUAUUCGGCUUGGAUUGGAUGCAGUGUUGGCACUAGCGUUGGCAUUUUUGUUUUAACACUUGCUGUCUUGUUAAUCCUACUAUAUGAAAACGAUACUGUAUUCUACAGUAUUGUCGCUCAACUUCUUAAUAUAGAACGUUGCUUCAUCGACGCCCAUCAUAUCAUCGUUCGCAAAGAUGAAAAACUUAAUUUAUCUACAGACGUUAUUCAAAAUUAUGCAAUCACUUUAUGGUCACAAGGCCAACAACUUCGUGAAGCCGUUACUGGUACAACAGGUAAUGACUUAGACUCAACAUUAUCGGGCGAUGAGCAAUCUAAAAGCCAAAACUCUGAAGAAGAUUCGAAGAGUGCUGGUGUGAAGAAUAAUGAGAAUGCAACCAACAUAUCGGCGUUAACGAAGCAAGAAAUAUCUCUAGAGUCUGAGUCGCCUUCCGAACAUGUGCGAGAAGUAUUGAAUGUUUAUGGGAGAUAUAUAUCUGUGCACAAAAAAGCUACCUUAAUUUUCUUAAUGACCUUAACAACAAUUAUCAUUACCGGUGCUCUCAUAGCUGCUUUCAACUCCCUUUUCUUAACUACAUCAAGUGUUUAUGAAGAUGGCCCGUGUCCGUCUAUUGGUCCAAUGGAGUGUUUUUGUGGUAACAAUUAUACAUAUUUUUCAUGUGAUACAGGACAAACUGCCUCUUUUCCAAUCGAUGUUCAUUCGGGAGCAUGUUUUCGUUGGAUUGCGCGUGAUUUAACGACAUCCGAUGUUACGACGCAACUAGGUGUUACAGCAGGAUUAUUGGUUGCUUUCGGCAGUAUGGCUGAAGCUAUAAUACGAAUAUACCUGCUUGCAUUUAACAAACGUUUGGGUAUCGCCACUGGCAUACAUCGUAUAGCUGCUAAGACAAUCGGUAUUAAUAAAGAUACUGCUCGAACCAAAUGCUGUUGCUGUAAUUUAUGUUGUCAUUGCAGUGCUUGUAAUUUAAGGCUUUUCAAGAAUCCUGCUGCUGUGAUAGUUGUAACUGGAAUUUACUUUGUGAUACCGAUUCUAAUGAUUCCAGGCGUAAUUCUGCUAUACUAUUAUCAAUUAAGCGUAACCUCACUAACAUUCGUUGUUCUCAUCGUUGUAGCGACACUUUGUAUACUAUCCAUAGUAUGGAUAAUGGUGCAGGAGACUGAAGCAAGUUCUAAUAUCGCAGGCGGAUGGGAAGAUGCGGGAAAACUCCUUCAAACUGUUAGAGCGAACUAUAAAUAUAUAACAAAAGGAGGAAUAACAUCGUCCAGAAACCCCAUAGCUUCUCACAAGUAG